AUGUCUAAAUUGAGCAUAUUGAAUGAAAAGAACGAAGCCAUCGUUGGUAUUCUCGAAAAGAAGCCCGAGAUUGAUGAGGGCAGACCUCAGCCGAGAGUGGUGUUGAUUGUGCAUGGCAUCUUGGGACACAAGGAUUAUCUGUUCCAAAGAGUACUUGCUGAAACACUCCCCAUCACUUCAUUUCGAUUUGAUUUUAGAGGAAAUGGUGAGAGUGGUGGCUCGCCUGGAUACUGUAACAUUCUGGAAGACACAGACGAUAUCCACACUGUUGCAAAGUAUUUCGAAGAUUUAGGGUACGAGAUUUAUGCAGUGAUUGGGCAUUCUCGAGGCGCAUUAUCAGCACUCAAGUUUGCUACUACCUGUGAGAAACCAUUGCCGAUCGUAGUCAACUUAUCAGGAAGAUACAAAAUGAAUGACAACCAAUUAAAGACGAGUCGACCUGAAAUUGGGAAGGCCUUGGAAGAACAUGGAUACUUUGAUUGGCAUGUAAAGCAAAGGGAUCGCAUUGCUACUGUCAAAGUGACUCUGCCCGAAGUUGAGAAGUUUUACAACUGGUCAAAUGAGCAUGUCUCGAGAAUGCCACUUUCCACCUGUGUAUUGACAUGCCAUGGCUUGAAAGACAAGACUGUACCCCCUUACAAUGCCGCCAUGUUUGCAAACAAAAUUCCUAACCAUACACUCGUUCUGUUACCUGAGGGCGAUCACAACUUUAGAGGCCAGUUUGAACAGGUGACAAAGGUGGUGGUGGAUUUCUUUGCCCAGCAUGAACAUAACAAUUACCAGAGAGCACUUGCCAUGGGACAAACCGCAAGUCUCGUGCUUCCUCGCUGGGUGGACAUUGAUGGUGUCAACAACUUUCGCGAUAUCGGUGGCUGGCCAUUGAAAGACGGCAGUGGCUAUAUUCGAGAACGGCUCGUAUUCAGAUCUGGUCAUUUGUCCAAGUUAUCGUCUCAGGGCAGCGCUCAAUUGAGUAAAUUAAACAUCAAAGCUAUAUUUGAUUUUAGAUUGGAUCAUGAAAUCAAACGAGAUGGUGUUAUGCAAGAACUGCCUGGUGUCACUCGAUUCGGAUAUAACUUGUAUGAAGAUGUUGUCAAAUCGGAUGGCGAUCUUUACAGAGCAAUGAUAGUAUUCCUGGAGGGCGAAGAGGGAUUUGCCAAAGGGUACAUGACCAUCUUGGAAUCUGGUAAAAAGAUGAUUGGCGAUGUCUUUAGAUACAUGAUCAAGGAGUUGUCUAUUGAACAGAGAUCUGCCAUGAUCAUUCAUUGCACAGCAGGCAAGGAUCGCACCGGUGUCUUUGUCAUGAUACUGCUGGGCUUGUGUGGUGUCGAUGAUGAAAUCAUUGCCAAAGAGUACGAGUUGACAAACCUGGGCUACUUUGAAUUCGAAAAGCACUUGACAACAAGAGCAAGGCAGCUCAACAUCACAGAGGAUGCCAUGCGCGCAUCAUUGUCGGCUUCAGUAGGCGGUAUGCGAUUGACCAUCCGUCAAGUCAAGCAGAAAUAUGGAUCCUUUGAAGGCUAUGUUCAAGAUGCGUGUGGGCUAUCAAGCAGUGAAAUUCAAGAAAUUCGAAAUUUGAUGAUUGUACCUAUUCGCUUUGAGGAACGUCAGCUGUAUAGACCUAAAAUUUAG